AUGGCCCUGCUGCUCCUGGGGCUCCUGGGGCUCCUGGGGCUCCUGGGGAUCUGGACACUGCUCCGUGCUCGCGCCUGCAGCCGCGCCCCCUCCCUAGCCCCACGCUGGCCCCCUGGGCCACGCCCGCUGCCCCUCAUCGGGAACCUGCAUUUGCUGGGGGUGUCCCAGCAGGAGUACUCACUGAUGGAGCUCUCAGAACAGUACGGGCCGGUGUUCACGGUCCACUUGGGACUCCAGAAGACAGUGGUGCUGACUGGCUACCAGGCCGUGCGGGAGGCCCUGCUGGGCACGGGGCAGAGGCUGCUGGACCGGCCCCCCACCGCCAUCUUCCAGCACAUCCAGGGGGGCAGGGGCAUCUUCUUCUCCUCCGGCGCCCCCUGGAAGGCCGCCCGCCAGUUCACGGUGCGCACCCUCCACGGCUUGGGGGUGGGCAGGGGGCCCAUGGCCGACAAGAUCCUGCAGGAGCUGAGGUGCCUCCUGGGGCAGCUGGACCAGUACGAAGGCAGGCCUUUCCCCCUGGCGGUGCUCGGCUGGGCGCCCUCCAACGUCACCUUCACACUCCUCUUCGGCCAGCGGUUCGACUACCAGGACCCGGUGUUUGUGUCCCUGCUGCGCCUCAUCGAUGAGGUCAUGGUGCUCUUGGGGACCCCCAGCGUGCAGCUGUUCAACGUCUACCCCCGGCUCGGGGCCCUUCUCCAGCUGCACCGGCCGGUCCUGAGAAAGAUCGAGGAGGUGCGAGCCAUCCUGAGGACCCUCCUGGGGGCCCGGCAGUCCCCCACGCCAGGGGAAGGCCUGGCGCACAGCUAUGUGGACGCCCUGAUCCAGCAAGGCCAGGACACAGGCCCUGAUGGCUUGUUUGCCGAGGCCGACGUGAUGGCCUGUGUACUGGACAUGGUCAUGGCUGGCACGGAGACCACCUCGUCCACGCUGCAGUGGGCCGCCCUCCUGAUGGGCAAGCACCCGAGCGUGCAGAGUCGGGUGCAGGAGGAACUGGACCGCGUGCUGGGGCCUGGGCGGUGCCCCCGGCCGGAGGACCAGCGGGCCCUGCCCUACACCAACGCCGUGCUGCACGAGGUGCAGAGGUUCAUCACCCUGCUGCCCCACGUGCCCCGCUGCACGGGGGCCGACACCCUGCUGGGCGGCUACCUGCUCCCCAAGGGCACGCCCGUGGUCCCCCUGCUGAGCUCCGUGCUCCUGGACAAGACGCAGUGGGCGACACCACGCCAGUUCAACCCCGAACACUUCCUGGACGCUGAUGGGCGCUUUGUGAGGCCGGAGGCCUUCCUGCCCUUCUCUGCAGGUCGCCGAGUCUGCGUGGGGGAGAGCCUGGCCAGGACGGAGUUGUUCCUGCUAUUCGCUGGCCUCCUCCAGAGCUUCAGCCUGCGGCCCCCGCCUGGUCUCAGCCCCGCCGGCCUGAACACCGUGCCCGCCCCCGCCUUCACCAUGCGGCCGCCCGCCCAAGUCCUGUGCGCAGUGCCCAGGCCCCAGGGGUGCUGA